AUAACAUUAAUUGUUGUACCAAAAACACAAAAAUUAACCCUCAUUUUCUCUCUUCAUUUUUUUUCCCGCUAAACAUAUUCGACUCAUUUUAUUACAAGUUUUUUUAAUUCCUUCGGGCAAUGCAACGUGCAUCAUCAUCUUCAGCCAAGAACAUCUUCAAGAAUCUCACUCGAAACAGAAACCGAAUCUUAAAAAGUUCUAUGAAUCAAGUACAAAAGCCUUGUGACGUGUUCAUCAAUCAUCGGGGAAUCGACACCAAGAAGAAUGUGGCGGGUUUGUUGUAUGAUCACAUAAAGAGACUAGGUCUUCAGCCAUUUUUGGACAGCAAGAGCAUGAAGCCCGGAGACAAGUUGUUCGAUAAAAUCAACGCCGGAAUCCGGCAAUGCAAAGUCGGGGUGGCCGUGUUUUCUCCUAAUUACUGUAAAUCCUACUUUUGCCUGCACGAAUUGGCUCUCAUGAUGGAGACCAAGAAGAAGGUUGUACCCAUUUUUUGCAACGUAAAGCCUUCGGAACUUAAGGUUUUGGAUUACGGGACUAGCCCUCCCAAGGAUUUGGAGAGGUUUAGUCGGGCUCUUGAAGAGGCUAAAAACACCGUUGGACUAACUUUUGACACAUCUUCAGGGGAUUGGUCGGAAUUCCUAGAAGAUGCAUCUGAAGCGGUGAUUGAAAAUUUGAUCCAGUUGGAAGAAGAAGAAGAAGAAGAAGAAGCAGAUGAUCCGGAGCGGUAGUGGCAAUUAAUAUAACUAAGGAUAUGCUGAAUUAGUGAGGCAUGAUUCUCGUACGAGCUGGGCAAAAGGACAACGUACAGAAUGGGAAGCUGUACAAUAACAUUUGACUCCAUUUAAUUUAUUCAUUUGUUCGAUUUUAUUUGUUAUAAAACACUUAAGUAUAGAAUAACCGCUUGUUAAUUUUAUCUAACCAUUUUUUGUUUGUUUACGUAGAAUAUCAUCCUUUUUUAUGCCCAUCUACCUAGCUAGCUAGCUAGAUGCACCUGCAGUGGUGCAUGUUAAGGAAUC